ACUGUUUGGGUCCAAAAAGUCUUCAGCGUAAGGAGCGAGGAAGCGCUACCUGACAGGAAAGUUCGGGGCACUGAAUCCCGGACUGUCAUUUUUGUUUACGCAGCUGAGGUUGACAGGCAGGUUUGUUGGUGUGUGUCAGGCCUACUAUGUAAGUUAGCUGCACCACUGACUACAGCAGACGACAGUGGGGCGUAAACAGAUUAGUGGGUCAGUAAUGCAGUGAGGCGACAAUGGAGACCACAGAACGUGCCACUGAGGACGACCCUCUGAAGAGGGGAGAGGACGGAGUGGAGUCAACAGAGCUGAAGAAGAAGAGUUGUAAGGAAGUCUUGGGUUUUGCCAAACUGACCCACUGGCGAACUGCAGUCUUCUUCCUCUCCCUGUUCCUCUGCCUCACCAUAGUGUUUGCCUUCUCCUUCAUCAUCCCCUGCCCUGUCAGACCACAGUAUCUCGUUUCCUGGAACAGGACUUUUUAUGAAGCAGCAACCUAUGACUUCUUAGCUAUUGAAGCUGCAAGCAAUGACAAGGUGAUGGAUGUCCUGUUUGUCCUCAGAAUCAGAGAAGGCAGUCCUAACAAUACUUGUGCUUAUGCAGGCCUACCUUCACCAUGCGUAUUUGUGGUAGCCGUGGAUGGGACAGAUGGAGAGACCCUGUGGGAGCGUCCACUGCAUCCUGAGUUCCACUGGGCCCACUGCGGUCUGGAUAAAGAAACGGGCAGAACCUGGGACUGUCUGCUGUCCCAUUCUGACCAGCUCACUGCCAUUGACAAACGUUCUGGUGAAAUUAGCUGGCAGCAGCUUCGUCCCACUGGUCCUUACAGCACUCUGCCUGUUCUUAGCGUCCCAGAUCUGGAUGGGGACGAAGUCGGUGAUGUGGCUCUGGUAGCAUCUGACAACACACAGACUCAGCUGGUAUUCCUCUCAGGGACGACAGGUGUCCAGAUCGGUUCUACAGUGGUUCUUAAUUCCACAGAAACACCCCAACAUCUUCUCCAUUGCACUACAGAAGGUUCUCACUACGUACUGCUCCAAAAAGACACUGGCUUGUAUGGGCUGGCACUGUGGAGGAUUGCUGCCAAGGCUAAAGAAGGGAUGGAGGUCAACCUCAAGAAGGAUCAACACUGGGAGAGAAACGCUAGCGCCACAACUGGCCUUGUGUCCAUCUACGAGUCUGACUCAGUGAGACAAGUGCUCAAAACAGAUGAAGCAGACGUAUCAUCUAACCUGCUGCUUGUGACUGGGAAGGAGGUGGCAUUAGUCGAUGGAAAAAAUCUGCAGCUACUAUGGAAAUUCAAUACCAGCUCAGUCCUCAGUCAGCCCUCCUUCGGUCACUUUAACAAAGACGGUUUACUUGAUGUUGUGGUUGAGGAGGAUAUUGGCAACUACACAAAGAGGAUAAUAAUUCUUGAUGGGAAGUCUGGUGGUGUGCUGUGGGAAGUCAGCCUUUUGGCCAGUCCGAAUGCACCGAGACCCGCCUCGAUACACACCACCAAUUCUGUUUCAAUCUUUGUGUUUUGGGGCACGAUGCCCUCUGAGACCAACUCCUCUGUACCAUUAACGAGCGACCGACGUUCCUACAUGCUGCAUCCACUCUAUUCUAAAGUUCUUCUCGAGUCCAGCAACGUCAUGGACCACAUCAUAACAUUUAAAGCCACACUGUUGGAGCGCGGGCGUCAUGCUGCCUACUUCCUGCUUACGGGUCCUGGGAUGGUGGGGCAAGAAGGCACCGUGGUCCUCAGCAAGAGAAAGCUGAAGCAGGAUGUCCCUCACAGCAAAGUACUCCGUAUCGGCACCGGAGGAGGCUCAGAGACCAAUGAGGACAUCAAAGAGGCCUUCAACCGACUCCGAUUCAGGGACUGGUGAAAGGACCAGCUGUUAAAUGUGCAAUGAUUCCUCAGUGUUAAAACCAGUUUGGCACAGCUGACUGUACAGUGGCUUAACUUGGCUUCAUAAACCAAAGUGUAUGUAAACUAGUUAUGACCUUCCAACUGCUGAUAACCAAAAAAAAAAAACCCAUAUUUUUUUGUUUAGAGACUUGAUUUUGACAGGGUUCUUCCAUGACUCUCCAUUGGACUUUAUCCAUUGGGCAUUAUCUGUCUGUCUAUCUUGUUCCCUGACAAUCACUGUGCACAGAUGCUGUUCUCCUGCUGACGAAUCUAGAGAACCUGCCUUGUUUAUAUCAUUUCUAGCACUUUCAUGCAUCAAUGCAAUGCUCUUUUUUUUUUUUUUUUUUUUUGUUUAAAUCGCAGAGGCUGGAUUAUUAUUUGGAUCUAUGCAGCUGUAUGUCGCACUGUUCUUUAAAGGUAGCAGACACUAGCUUCAAAAGGUGGUAGUUCCUGUGUAUUUCAAAUUACAACAGCCUAAAAUUUUCUCAAACUGUACAGUAAAUCACACACAUGUACAGUGAGACUUGAAAUACAACAGAAACACCACCAGCCUUAAAUUACACACUAUGUGGUUACAUGUUUUGUUGUGUAUCCUAUUUGCGAACAUAUUCGUAAGGCAGUCUUGUUUCAUUGGUACUGUUGUUGAUAUGUGUGUCCCUUACCUAAUCCAGAAUGCUGUAACCGGUAUUGCUAAUGAACACUGAUUAAACCUUUGAGGCACUCCGUGCUGAAUCUCAAAGGAUCACCAUAUUACUGAGUUACUGCUGUGGGUUUACAGCUCCUGAUGAAGCGUUUCUUUCCUUAGUGAUUUAUAUUAGUUAAAUAAGUGAAAACGAGUUUCUUGUUUUUGCUGUACAUUAAUAUAUUGAACCUGUGGGACAGGCCUUUGUUGGAGCUGGCUUUUCUUUCUGACUUGAUAUGCUUGAAUCUGAGCAAUAUUAAACUAUUUUAAAAUGA